AUGGCAGGAUCCAUCGACUAUGCGCGCCUGCGCGAACAGACCAUGGGCUCUGGUCUGGAUGAAGAGGCGGUUACGGUCAAUACUCGAGCCUUGAUCGACAAGGUCUUGGCUAGAUACUCUGGAGAAUGGACGACUCUGCGUGAGCUCAUUCAGAAUGCUGCGGAUGCUCGAGCCACAAAGGUCACAAUCAAGUUCGAAACCCUACCCUCACCGAAUGUCCCUGUACCGCCCGCUAGCGACCCUUCCGCCCAACUCAAGCACGUUUUGACCAACCACACCCUCCAGCGGCUGCUGGUAUCAAACAAUGGCCAGUCAUUUGCUGAGACGGAUUGGCAACGGUUAAAGAGAAUCGCAGAGGGAAACCCAGAUGAGACAAAGAUUGGUGCCUUCGGUGUUGGCUUCUACAGUGUCUUUGCCGACUGCGAGAAUCCCUUCGUCAGCUCAGGCGAUCAGACUAUGGCAUUCUACUGGAAAGGCAACAGCUUGUUCACCAGAAGGGGCAAACUACCAAAGGAACAGGCCACAGGCGAAACUGCUUUUGUCCUCGAUUACCGCAACACAACCUCUCCUGUGCCCAACCUAAUAUCCAUCUGCCAGUUCCUUGCCACCAGUCUGACCUUUGUUGGCCUUCAAUCCAUUGAGCUGUGGGUUGACCAGUGGAACAUGAUCACGCUCAACAAGAAGAUGGCCCCAUCUGCUGAUGUUAGUAUCCCACACGAUCUUAAUCCCAAGACAAAGGAAGGACUCAUGAAGAUUGUUGGUGUGGAGUAUCAAAAUGCUCAGAUUGACGCAAAAUGGUGUAAUGUCAUCGGUUGGACUCGUGUAGCUGGUGCUCAGCAACAACUGCAGGCAACCUCCUCAGAAACGCCGACCCAGUCUCUACGGGGCUUUUUCAGCCGCUUUACAGCAGCUGCCACCGGCCCUAGUGCAGCCGCCAAACGUGCUGCAAAGGAAGAAGAAGCCGUUCAAAGAGCCAUAUCUGAAGAUCUUGCAGGCACAAGUACAGCUUCCGUCUUUNUGCGAAUCAGCACUGUCAAUGUGCAAACUUACGUCAACAAGACUCUAGCUGCUGAACUCGAACGUGCUACCAAGAAGCCUCCACCGAAGCAUACAAGAAUUGCCAUUUUGACAUCUUCGUACGAGGAGAGCUCCGUUUCUAUGGCAACUCUUUCAGGCUCAUCUUCUGGCAAGGCUUCUGAAAUCUUUGCUUCCGUACUUCCUAGUAAGAAUGGACGUGUUUUCAUCGGGUUUCCUACUGCUCAGACCACUGGUCUUCUCGCGCACAUUUCCGCACCUUCUGUCAUUCCUACGGUCGAACGAGAGAGCAUCGAUCUGAACGCUCGCUGGGUCCGCACCUGGAACACAGAAAUGCUACGAGUCGCCGGUAUAGCAUGCCGUGUUGCCUAUACAGGCGAUAUGGCUGAGCUCAAGAACAAGCUAGAGCAUCAGAUGAAGACUUCAGGCAACAAGAAGAUUCAGAAAGAGGAUAUUGAAGCUGUCAUGGCUUCUGCUAUCCACACUUUCAAGCAAUACACUUUCUCAGAGUCUACACCAUCUGCACAGGUUGGUGCUAUCAUCGAGGAAGCAUUCUGGACAUGCAAUCAGAAAGGUUCCAUCAACCUUNUGUCCACUCGUGGUGUGCUUCCUAGCUUCGAAGUUCGUGUUGCAACCGAAGAUCUUAGCUUUGUAGACGGCAUUCCUGUGGUACCGAACGAGAUUAUGGAGAAAGCCUCAGUCUUCAUGCGUAGUCUCAAAGAGUACGGGCUGUUAUCUGAUAUCACUACUCAUGAUAUCAAGAAAGAGCUAGAAGCCCGAGCUUUGGAAGAGAAACAAUUGUCCGAGCUGAUCAAAUGGGCAGCUGGCAAGUUGAGUAGAAACGAGCUAGAUGUUUCCGCUCUUCACUCACUCUUCGAUGGCACCGUUGCUACAAUCGCCGAGGAACACGCUAGCACGUAUCCCGGUCCGGUCUUACUUUUGGGCAGCAUCGACUCAUUUCCCAAUCCCAACAAGAUCCCUGCUGACCUUCCCGCACCACCUACAACCAUUCCUUUCCGCUUCGUCAAGAACAUCCCCAAGAAUCAGCUUGAAGCAUUCGGCUGGACUGAAUCACAGAUCGUGCCUUGGCUACGUUACAUCAUCGAGAAGGAUGGUGCUGGCCUCUCUGCUGAACAAAGCAUUACCAAAUCGCCGCAAUUUUCUGGACAGGUGCUUGCUGUGAUCUCUAAGUCCUGGGAUGGCCUCAGUCAAUCCUCUAAGGGUACUGUUGUGCAGCUUCUUGAGCCAAGAACAGUCAUACCCACCAAGCUUGGAAUGCGCAAACCAUCUCAGUCAUACUUUGCCUCUGUGAGACUCUUCGAUGAUCUGCCCACCGUUCAUGGCCUUCAAGGUGUGAAGGAGAAAUUCCUCGUGCCCCUUGGCGUCCGUAAAACUGUUGAGUUGUCUGUGGUCUUUGACAGACUCAUGGCCAAGUCUUCUGGUGCUGCUGAAGGCAAGUGGAGUCAUGUUGAUUUGAUCAAAUACCUCGUCAGUGUCCAGAAUGACAUCCCAAGCGAAGACUACGAAAAGCUGCGUAAGACGCCAAUCUGUCCUGCGGAGAUUCAAAGUGAUUCGAAAGUCACCGACAGCAAGCUCUACAAGGUGUCAGACCUCUAUGCGCCACUGCCUGUCUUAAGAGAGCUCGGCGUGCCAGUUCUACAAUGGCCUCGAGAGUUAACAAAAGACAGUCCGGAGGCCAAGUUCCUAAGCAUCCUAGGUCUCAAAGCGUACCCUGCUGUUCAAGACCUGAUACCAAUCAUGACAACUGCAGCCGCUGCAGACGACUCCAGAUUGUAUGAGAAAACCCUUCAAUACUUCAUCACCAACCAUUACGCCAACGGAUAUCGCAAUUUCCCAAUUGAUCGAGUCACAAUGCCUUUUCUGCCGCUUCGAGAUGGAGAUUUGAAGAAGCUGGCACCACCAUCCAAGUGUUUCGCGAAUGGCAAAUCUGCUAUCCUUGGAUUUCCGAUCAUUCGAGACGAUCUGCAGAAGCAUGCUGCCUUGCUCGGCGUAGCCCAAGACCCUCCCAUCGACGUUUGUGCUGAGAAGCUUAUCAAGAGUCCACCCAAAAAUCGUGCGGAUGCUAAGAACGUCUUCGGCUACUUUGCAGGUCGGCUCAACGAGAUUCGUACUGCUGGCAACCUUGCUGAAAAGCUGGGAGAAUCACGCAUCGUCCCGAUCGUCAGUUCUGGCUCAAGCUACGAGAAGAACGAAAACGUUCGUUACACUGCUCCUAAAGCUUGUUUCCUGGGAGACAGCGCGACCUAUGGCGAGAUCUUCGACUUUAUCGACUUCGGUUCUGAGGCCAAUUCUUUUCUACUAAAAAUCGGGUCAAAGCAUGAACCCAGCGCUCCCGAGCUUGCGGGUAUGCUCGUUCGUGAACCCUCACGCCUGUUGAGUACUCUUGGUCAAGAGAAGUAUCUGAGCCUUUUGCGUCGUAUAGCAGACAACGCAAGUGGUCUGAAGAACGACAAAAUGCUUUGGGCUGCACUAAAACGCGCUCCCUGUUUGCUUGCUGUCAAGGNNGAGAUUGCGCCUGCGGCUAGCAAAGUCACAGAGGAUGAGCAAGAUUACCUUGAGGACAACGAAGCAGCUAUCAAGGAGUGGCAUCUUGCUGUGCCCUCGAGUAUAAUCCUUGUCGAUGAUUUUUACAGCUACCGCCUUUUCAAAGAGAGAUUGCUUGCUGGACCUCAAGAGGAAAUACUCGAGAACUUGUAUGCUGGUCUAGGAGCUACCUGGAUUAGUACUCUGAUCGAAGACGAUCAACGCAUGGGUGGACUUCUUCCUGAUCAAUCUAGUGCAGCUAAACUUCAGAAUCUCAUUGUUGAGCGUUGUCGUUUGUUCUUGCACGAUCACACUGCAGAGGUGAUUCGACACGACUCCAAGUGGCUUGAAGGAGUGUUGGCAGUCAAGGUUGUCAGCUCAUUGACUCUGACCAAGACGUUGCGCGGCUACAACGCGACAUACAAAGAGAAGAGAACAGCUGCCUUACACAGAGACACAAAGAAGGAUGCUACACUGUAUGUGACUGCUCGUCCUGACUUCUACGAAGUCGCUCGUGCGAUCAUGUCUCUUNUGCUCAAAAGACCAAAACAACAAGACUUCCUCGCUUUGGAGAUGAUCUUGGACAGUGACCUGCGUCGUUUGAAGACGAAGGGCUAUAAUGUAGACCGUAUCCUACGCCAAAAGGCCGCUGAGAACCGUUUGGCCGAGAACAAACGACAACAGCAAAUUGAAGAGGAGCAGAAGAGAAUUGCAGAGCGUGAGGCUGAAUGGAACGCACAACAACAGUCAAGAGCCAUUGAUAUACCUCAAGCCACUCCUGAGAAACCCAAACCAGUCCCUGGUGCCUUCGAAGCUUCCCNNCCUGAGAACAACGUCGCGCAGCGUCCCAAANAGGGCACUGGGUUCUUCUCCAACCUUCAGAGACAGCUUGGAUUCGAAACGGGUCCAAACGAGCGAGAAGUUCAGCAGCAGCAAGGUCAGAAGCAGUUGCAAAACACGCCUCACGCAGAAGCAGGGCCUUCCGAUGCCCCGCCACCAUAUUCGGAGACACCUGGUCAAGUCGUGAAGAAGUCUACGGUUAGCCAGCAACCUGAAAAGAUCACUCCACCUCAUCAGAUUACUCAAAAUCUGAUCUCUGCAGUGAACUCUUCACGUGCGCACGAUUCAUCUGCACUGUUCUCUCCACCUACAGAAAACACAGUCAAAGAGACACCGUCCUACUGUGAUUCUACACCUGGUCAAGACCUCACGUUCAUCGGCAACACUUCUGCAGGUGUCAAGAUCUUCCUUGCUAACGCAAUUCCUGCGUCAUUGAGGGCCACUUUCUUGCAAGCUCAUGCAGCACAGCUGAAUGCAUUCGCCGCUCUGUUGCUCGAUGUCGGCAAUGUCUUCCUUCUUCGACCACAAUCCUUGCAUAUCUACUACAACGAAUCUGGUAGCAGCAUCGCUUUCAAUCGUCAAGGCUCUAUCUUCUGCAACCUACGCUACUUCCUGCAGCUGCAUUGGCAGAACUAUGGCACUGCUGGAGGAGUGGGUAAGCAAGCAGCGGCGGUGUAUUGGUUUGUCACGUUGUGUCACGAGUUGGCGCAUAAUCUGGUUUCCGAGCAUAGUCAACAGCACGAGUUUUAUACGGAGAGCUUUGUGACCGAGUACUUUGGCAAGAUGAUGGGCAAGUGUGGGCAGUAUGCUAAUGAAGCUGCCACGCAGGGGUAA